GAAAGAGGGAGAGAGCGGGCGCAGGGCAGGGAAGUGAGUUUGUGCGCGCGAGGGUGUGCGUGUGCGCGCGCGUGUGUGCAGGGCGGGCGGCGGGGGGCGGGCCCGCGCUCCCCUCCGCCCGGCCCGCUCCUCCCGCGCGCUCACCGAGUCCGGGCCCAGCCGCGGGCGGCGCGCGGCGGGCGGGCAGCAUGCUGAGCCUCCUCGUCUGGAUCCUCACUCUCUCCGACACUUUCUCCCAAGUGCCCAAUUUGGCUUUGCCAGGGACCCAGACCCGCUUCAGCCAGGAGCCAGCCGACCAGACUGUGGUGGCCGGCCAGCGGGCUGUGCUCCCCUGUGUGCUGCUCAACUACUCGGGGAUUGUGCAAUGGACCAAGGACGGGCUGGCACUGGGCAUGGGCCAGGGCCUCAAAGCCUGGCCACGCUACCGGGUCGUGGGCUCUGCAGACGCCGGGCAGUACAACCUGGAGAUCACAGAUGCCGAGCUGUCUGAUGACGCUUCUUACGAGUGCCAGGCCACGGAGGCCGCCCUGCGUUCCCGGCGGGCAAAACUCACCGUGCUCAUCCCCCCAGAGGACACCAGGAUCGAUGGAGGUCCUGUGAUUCUGCUGCAGGCAGGCACCCCCCACAACCUCACGUGCCGAGCCUUUAAUGCCAAGCCCGCUGCCACCAUCAUCUGGUUCCGGGACGGGACGCAGCAGGAGGGCGCCGUGGCCAGUACGGAACUGCUGAAGGAUGGGAAAAGGGAGACCACCACCAGCCAGCUGCUCAUUAACCCCACAGACCUGGACAUCGGGCGUGUGUUCACCUGUCGCAGCAUGAACGAGGCCGUCCCGAGCGGCAAGGAGACUUCCAUAGAGCUGGACGUGCACCACCCUCCUACAGUGACCCUGUCCAUCGAGCCACAGACGGUGCAGGAGGGUGAGCGAGUUGUCUUUACGUGCCAGGCCACGGCCAACCCCGAGAUCCUGGGCUACAGGUGGGCCAAGGGGGGCUUCUUGAUCGAGGAUGCCCACGAGAGUCGCUAUGAGACAAAUGUUGAUUAUUCCUUCUUCACGGAGCCUGUGUCCUGCGAGGUCCACAACAAAGUGGGGAGCACGAACGUGAGCACGCUGGUGAAUGUCCACUUUGCUCCCCGGAUUGUCAUUGACCCCAAGCCCACGACCACAGACAUCGGCUCUGAUGUGACCCUCACCUGUGUCUGGGUUGGGAAUCCCCCCCUCACCCUCACCUGGACCAAAAAGGAUUCAAACAUGGGGCCCAGGCCUCCUGGCUCCCCACCCGAGGCUGCUCUCUCUGCCCAGGUCCUGAGUAACAGCAACCAGCUGCUGUUGAAGUCGGUGACCCAGGCAGAUGCCGGCACCUACACGUGCCGGGCCAUUGUGCCUCGGAUAGGGGUGGCUGAGCGGGAGGUGCCGCUGUACGUGAAUGGGCCCCCCAUCAUCUCAAGUGAUGCAGUGCAGUACGCUGUUAGGGGCGACGGCGGCAAGGUGGAGUGUUUCAUCGGAAGCACACCGCCCCCAGACCGCAUUGCCUGGGCAUGGAAGGAGAACUUCCUGGAGGUGGGGACCCUGGAACGCUAUACAGUGGAGAGGACCAACUCAGGCAGCGGAGUGCUGUCCACACUCACCAUCCACAACGUCGUGGAGGCCGACUUUCAGACCCACUACAACUGCACUGCCUGGAACAGCUUCGGGCCAGGCACAGCCAUCAUCCAGCUGGAAGAGCGAGAGGUGCUGCCCGUGGGUGUCAUCGCCGGGGCCACCAUCGGGGCCGGCGUCCUGCUCAUCUUCUUCUUCAUCGCCUUGCUGUUCUUUCUCUACCGACGCCGCAAAGGCAGUCGUAAGGACGUGACCCUGAGGAAGCUGGACAUCAAGGUGGAGACGGUGAACCGCGAGCCACUCACCAUGCAUUCUGACCACGAGGAUGAUACCACCAGCGUCUCCACAGCCACCCGCGUCAUGAAGGCCAUUUACUCGUCCCUUAAGGACGACGCGGACCUGAAGCAGGAUCUGCACUGUGACACCAUCGACACCCGGGAGGAGUAUGAGAUGAAGGACCCCACCAACGGCUACUACAAUGUGCGAGCCCACGAAGACCGCCCUUCCUCCAGGGCUGUGCUCUACGCCGACUACCGCGCCCCUGGCCCUGCCCGCUUCGACGGCCGCCCCUCCUCGCGUCUCUCCCACUCCAGCGGCUACGCCCAGCUCAACACGUACAGCCGGGCCCCCGCCGCCGACUACGGUCCCGAGCCCACGGCCCCCGGCCCUGCUGCCCCUGCUGGCGCAGACACAGCCAGCCAGCUGUCCUACGACAACUACGAGAAGUUCAAUUCCCACCCCUUCCCCGCGGCGGCGGGGUACCCCACCUACCGGCUGGGUUACCCCCAGGCUCCGCCCUCUGGCCUGGAGCGGACCCCGUAUGAGGCAUACGACCCCAUUGGCAAGUACGCCACAGCCACCCGGUUCUCCUACACGUCCCAGCACUCGGACUACGGCCAGCGGUUCCAGCAGCGCAUGCAGACUCACGUGUAGGCGCCGGGCCCGGCCGGGGCGUCUCUGCGGGGCAGAGGAGAAGGCUCGCACGGCUGUUCCCUGAUAUUCAGGGGCGUCGCUCGUGCUCCCGCCCCGGACCAGCCUUCCUCCUCCCACCGUGGCAGGUGGGGAGCAGGUCUCCCGGAAACACCCCGUCCCGAGGAUGGUGCUCGGCGCAUGCCCCAGCCUCCAGGGCUGCCCUUCCCUCUUCUUCGGGAGGACGUGUCUCUCCUGACCUGUGCCCUUUCCUGGCCUCAGCGUGGGGAUAGGCACAGUGAAGGCUGUGGAGAGCAGAGGGGGCGCUUUUUAGCAUUCCCUUUCUACCCGACCCCUCUGGUCUCCCGUUAGUAGACAGGGGGUCACCUGCGGGUGAGUGGGCACGCUUUGGCCCAGGGGGCAUGAAGUGUGGGGGUCGGUGGCUCCAGCACGGCUCAGUGGAAACGGGACAGCCUGGCCAGUCCUCUGCAGUCUGCAUUCAUACCCUGGGUGCAUCUCUCCCUCCUUGGCACUGCAGAAGGGGCCUCUGAUUUUUCUUAGCUCUGUCUGCAGAACAUCCGUGGCACUGAGUUCAAAUACAGCCCUUGUUCCACUGGGAUUAAAAUGCCAGUAUCCUGGCUGCCCACUGUGGACACUUGUCUGUCAGCCCGCAGAGGGACCCAGGCACCUCCAGGAAAACUGCCCCCUUCCUUCCGCUCUGUGCUGGACCAGACAGGUAAGGCUGGGGGUGGCGGUGAAGAAAGGAAGGUUGGGAACCAUGCCCCGAUUCACCAGCAAGAACUGUGUGUGCUACACAGCAGUGUCAGUGCCCACAGUGCAGGGAGACUGCCCGCGCCACCUUCUCUCCCCAGUCUGCCCCCUCCCUGGCUUUAAAUGUGGCCUGCCUGGGGAGUGAUGGGGUGAGGGUAGGGGUGCUAUAGGCUAUUUUUCAAAAAAACAAUGAAAACCUCAUUUGGGAAAGAAAAAAAAAUGCUGUAGGGAUCCCCCCACCCAAAUACAAGUCCCAGUGGAAAGGAAAGGAGGUGCCUCUUCUUUUCCUCCGGAUUCCUAACACCUUCCAUUACUCAUUCACUCUCCAAGCACUUUGAAUCCAUUUUUAAACAUUCAGGUUGUGAGACCUGUCACCCAAUGGACUGAUGGGCUUAAGGAGGGGGCUUGGCGCUCAGACUUGCUGUCCUACCCUAGGGCCCACGAGCUGGUUAGAGGCCACCUUCCAGGGUACAUGGGAGAUGUCCUCUUGAGACAGGUUUUGGUUUGUUAAGUGUCUUUUUUUCUUUUCUUAGAUCAAUCAGAUUCCUUUUUCCACUUUCAGUGCCUUGAGUGUCCAGCUUUGGUUGACCGGUCCUGUGUGGGUGGCUGCAGGGAGCCGGUAUUGUGAGCCCCAGACGCACUGUCCAGCGUUGCAGGGCUUAGGGGACAGAUGUGUGAGAGGGCCUGGUAAGGACAAGGGCUGACGGGUAAGGUGGUGCAGAAGGACACUGCAGGCAGCCAUGGCCCAUGCUGUCCCCGCCACACACGUGCAUGCAUGCCCACACACAUUCCCCAUGGCCCUUCUCAGCCCGCCACCUUCUGACCAAAGAGAACCGGCACUCCAAAGAGAACUCGUUCCCCUUCCCGAAAUGUGGGGUCUGGAGUCUGCUCGGCCUGACCGGGCGGGGCCUGCGGUGCAAUUCCCAGAGAGCGCGUUGCCCUUUCUCGUGGUCACCAUUCAUUAGUCGCAUUCACUUUAAUGAGUUACAUGCUCAUUACCAUGGGCCAUCGCCACCCUGGCACAUGGGGCUGUGGGCUGACUCCUCGCCAUCCUCUCCCUGCUAAUACCCUGGAAGAAAGUAGCUCCAGUUCCAACCUCCUCGUCCUCCAUUUCAGCAGGGGUGCAUCCCAAGGACCUCCUUCCUAAGGCAAGACAGGCUCCCACCACGUUCAGCCCCUUGCCCGGAGGCUGACACCUUCCUUCCUGGUCCUUUGAUGUGUGCUCAGUGAGGGUCUGUUAAAGAGGCAGGUCUCGGUGCAAACAAAUUCAUGCAUAUGUGGAUUAUUUUCACAGAAACCAGAAGCCGUGCCUGAGCCAGACAGUUAAAACCUAAAGAUUGUCACUUUUUAAACAAGAAUUUCCAAAAAAAAAAAAAAAGCAACCCUGAAACAUUGAUUUGUGUUUGAGGUUUCACCACAUUCUCUUCCCUCCUUUUUGGUUUCGGUGCUGGGCACACUCUGUUGCAGUGAUGGAGGGGGGCGGUGCCCAGGGUCCGCAGGUCCGUCCGCUGCCGCUGCAGGGCCCACUCGCUUUCUGAAGGCCUGAGGCAGAGUGCUGCACUGUCCUCUGUUGCUGAACACAUUGAUGGGGGCUCCUGAGUAUCAGGCGUGCCAGGCACAAGGCAGGGGAGACAGCAGCAGCCCUGGCAGUCUCCCUCAGCAGCUUGCCCUCUGGUCAGAUCAGCAUCCAAGCUGGGACCUGUCUUCUCAGCCAAAUGGAAUCCAGAGGGUAGAAGGUGCCGUUGAACCUGGAGUUUUUGUUCUCAAAGGCCGGAGUCCUCCAACAGGCUGCCUCAGUUCUUGAUGUGGUUGCCCUGGUGACCCUGAUUGCCUUGGACAUUUUUAUUUGAGUGGGAAGAGCAAGGGCUGGGGAUCCGGAGGCCUGGGACCCAGUUGCAAAGCUGCCAUUGACUGAGUGACCUUGGCCUAACCACUUUACAUUUAUCACCCCCAGUUGUCUAGUCCGUAAAGUGAGGGGGAAGGAUUGCACAAACCUAGAACUGUUCUGCCCUUGUUGUAUGCAUUUGGUGAGGUGGAGGGUCUGGCGAUCCCUGGCAAGGAGUUGGGAACAGUAAGCAAGCGGGGUGAGGGAUGGGGAGUUGGAAGGGCCUCUUGAAAAAAGCAUUCACCACGGGCUUCGUCAUCUUGGCAGAGGUGCUGUGAGUGAAUUUCCACUAAGAACCUGUGGAUUCCAAACAGCAACAAAAAGCAUACCCUAUAAACUUCAGUGAAAUUGGGGUAGGGUUAUCCCUGGACCAUUGGGAAUGGUCCUUCAGAAUUGGAGUCCCACCCUGAAUUCUUACAGCUUUGCAAAGGUACCUGUGGCUGGGGUGGGCAUGGCGAGUCCUUCACUGCGUACCCAGGGUUCCCGCAGCUUCCUCUGUAGGAAGGAAGGGCCGCAGUGACUCUCCGGUGCUCAGGAACGUUCCGCUGGCCCAGGGACAGUGCACCCACUUCAGAGCAGGCGAAGCCUGAAGGCCAAGGUGUCUUGAGCCAGAGGGCCAGGCGUGAACAGAGCUGCCCUUCCCAACGCAGCUGUUAGGGAGGACAGUUGGUAGAGGGAAGAUGGGUGCAGCUCUGACACAGAUUCUAGAUCUUACAGAGGUGCUUGUGGUCCUAGGUGAGCCGUGCUUGUCAGGUGGAGGCACAGGCUGCCUCCUGAAUCCCAGGUCCCUCUGCGCCAGCCACAGAGUUUGCAUGAAGUGAAAACCACAGGGAGUCAGAAAGGAGAGCGGACAGGGACGGGAGCUGUGCUGAGCUCUCAAAACGUCCUCCUUGAAUGUCCUCCUUGAGAG